AUGGAGCCUUCGACACUCUCUUCUUUUGUUCGCAAGAAAACAGACCUAGAGGCCCCUGAUGCCCGACUCUCCACCAUUGAGCCCCCGAUGCCCGACUCUCCACCAUUGAGCCCCCGAUGCCGCAAGAUUCUCCACUAUGCCCGCAAGGUCACCGGCUUCCGCUGGUUCCUCGUCUGCGCCGCCCUCUACCUCUCGGCCCUGAUGUACGGAUUGGACACAACCAUCGCUGCCGACGUGCAGGGAGCCGCCACCGAGACCUUCGGCGAGGUCUCUCAGUUGGCCUGGAUCGGCGCCGGCUUCCCGCUAGGAUCGGUGGCUGUCAUCCUACCCUACGGGUUCCUCUACACCACUUUUAACAUGAAAUACCUAUAA